GGCUCUGUCGGAAUUCCUGCCUCCGCUCUUCCUCCUAGCUGCCAGCCCAGUCUAUGGCGUACGAGUGAUGUCAUCAAGAGCCCUAGUUGCUAUGAUACCACCAAGUGAAUAUCUGGCAACUGUCCUGCAGUUGGUGGAAAAGCUGCCAGAAUCACCGGACGUUGUGUGCUGCCACAACAGACUGCAUGGCCAACUCCUACAGAUAGCAGCCAUACUGGCCCGGGCACUGAAAACUAGCAUCAGUCGGUCAUCUCUCAGUGAGGUUGUGAGUGAGUUUGAGUGCAGACUGUGGAUGGCAUCUGUGAGGCAGCGGUGCCCGCUGGUGCGGCUGGCGUAUGUGGAUAUAGUGAGUCCGAUAAGAGGCCAUUGCUCUAGUGCUUUCCUCACUCAGCUCUCUUCUCAACUGCUGCAGGAGAUUCACAGGACUCCAAACAUACUAGAGGUGGGCUCUGCUUCAUUCCACCAAAGUGCAGUGAACUUCUUGUGUGGGGAUCCUGAGUGGGCGUGUCAGGUAUGGCAGCAUCUGGCCAAUGGCAACGCAGUAGUCCUACAGCGGGUUAUGGAGAGAGCGCUGCAGGCCAACCUGAAGAAGGCACUGUUGGACCAGAACCUGGAGUACAGAGGAGCAUUCUUGACCGCAUUAGUUGAGGUUAUGACCCCUGAGGAAGACAGUCUUGCUCUGCCCCGUCCCUGUCUUUCAGGGUUCGAGGAGACAUGGCUGCAGGAGUGUGUGGAGGUUCUGUUUACUGAUCUGGAGUCAGAUAGAGGUGGACCUGUGCUGAUCUCCACGGCUCUGUGUGCAGUCAGCCUGCUCCUUUGUCACAG